GUCGAUAACACUCAGCUGUUUUUACCACCGCGUGUUUUGUAAAGUUGGUCGGCUUAAAAUUCGUAAAAAUGAGUGAUGAUGAAGAGCAAUAUAAUCCGGCGGCGCACAAGAAGCUGCUGCAGGCCAUUGGCAAUCUGGGCAAUGUGCAGCAUAUACGCAAAUCGACACGCGACGAGCGCCAGCCCCAACAGGAUGAAUUUCAGCUGUUUAAGAGCGCCAAAAGUACACAGCAUGCUCCUAAGGCCGUUGGCCUAAACGAUUUGGUCCAGAUAUUGCGCACAUCCAAGCACAUCGAAACAGGCAAGAAGCUUAAGAAUGUGCACAGCACCAAAAAGGUGCUCGAGAAACCGCUGGAAAAGCCGGCUGCCGAUCGCAUCAAACGGACUAUUGGCUACGAGGGUGUAAAGAAAAAACUUGGUCGCUGGGACGCAGUCGUGGCCAAGCAGCGUUCUGCCGAGACGCAGAUAUUUCCCAAACCCACGGAAACCAUUUACGUUAAUACAGCGGCACACGCAAAAGCUCUACAGACUAGCAUCAAAUCCGAUUUGGGCAAGGAGCUGGAAGCGAGCAACAAGAAGUUACGUGAGCUACGCAAAGCCCAAAUUGGCGACAACACCGAUGAGAAGGCAUUGGCCCAACAAGAACGGGAGAUGCUGCAGAAGAAAAUGACCCGCGAUGAGCUCUAUGCGCGUCGCCGGGAACUGGCCUAUUUAAAGAUGCGCGAGUCUCAAAAGUCGGCUAAAGCGCGUAUGCAGAACAAAAUCAAGUCCAAGAAAUACCAUAAGCUGCAGAAGCGGCAAAAGAUUUUGGAGCAAAUGAAGGAGUUCGAGCUGCUGCAAAAGACCAAUCCCGAGGCUGCGCUGGAGAAGCUAGAUGCUUUGGAAAAGAGCCGCGUCAUGGAACGCGCCAGCCUGCGGCACAAAAACACCGGCACCUGGGCCAAGAAUCUACAGGUGCGCGCCAAAUAUGAUAAGGAUGUACGCAAAGAUCUUGCGGAACAAUUGGCUGUUAGUCGGCAGUUGACCGAGAAAAAAUUGGAUACAGAUAGUGAGGAUGAGAAAGCCACCAAAAAAAUGGACCCAAAUGAGCAAGAAGAUUAUGAUCCAAUGAAUCCCUGGAUGAAAUCUAAGUCGGCGGCACAGGCUGCACCUCAACAAUCUGCCGAAGAGGAAUCUAACUGGCGCAAGUAUUGGACUGAGCGCAAUGAAAAUGAAAAGCUGCUGGCUGAGCAUUGUGCAGAAAUUAAGGAAGUUGAGAAGCAGCAGAAAGUUCAGAAAGCCAAAAAGCAGUCCUUGGAAAAGCCCAUAAAAAAGAAAAAGAAGCCCAAGGCGGUUGUGGAAAAUGGCUGGCUGGUAGAGGAAGUUGAAACUCCAGUAAAAGUGAAAUCAAUUGAUGAAAUUUUUGAACAACAUGACGAAAAUAUUCACGAUAGGAUAAGUAAAAAGCUGGCAAAGCUUCGAAAGCAAGCAGAAAAGCUUAAGGAGCCCACUAAGAAAUCCAAAAAGCCGAAAAAGGAACGAGAUGAACUGAAAAACCUGAAGGAUUUAACGUUCAAAAAGACUAAACAGCGCGUGGAAAUCGAUGAGCCGCUCAAUCAAGAGGAAAUAACACCAAAACUGGCCGCACAAACUGCUGGCGACUUGACCAAAUCGGACGAAAAGCCAACCGAAACCACACAAACAGCUGUUACUGCGAUCGAUCCUAAAAAUGUGACCACUAUCACGUGGAAGCAAACGAUGCGAAGCUCGGAUGCAAUGAACAAUGCACUUGCCGAAGACGAUGCGGCCGAAUAUGAUGAAGCGGAUGCUGCCGCCGAGCGCCAAUUGACCAUUAGUCAAGCUUUUGAGGAUGAUGAUAUUAUAGCUGAUUUUAACAAGGACAAGACAAAAGACUCUGAGCUCAAGAACACUGAACUGCAGCUAGCUAUGCCUGGUUGGGGCUCUUGGGCGGGCGCUGGCAUAUCCCAGAAAGUUAUCAAUAGGCGCAACAAGCGACUGUUACUCAAAUUGGCGGCGCCGGAGAAGCGUCGCGACGACAACAAGGAUAAUCUGUAUAUCAAUGAAACGACAAGCAAACAAGCGCGUGGCCAUAUGGUGUCCAGCAUACCGUUCCCCUUCAAAUCCCUGGCCGACUAUGAGGCCAGCAUACGUGCGCCCAUUGGACGUAACUUUGUGCCGGAAACAGCAUUCCGUAUGCUAACACGCCCCGCUAUCAUCACGCGCAAGGGUCAAGUUAUCGAGCCCAUGGAUGAGAGUGAAUUGCUCAAACCAGAGCGCCGGCUGCGACACAUUGUGGACAGAAGAAUAAAGCGUCUGCAAGAAGCGGACAAAGCGAAAUAAGGUGAGGUAGCGUAGUGUACAAUAAAAUUAUGUAAAGCAAACACGUUACCCAAAAGAAAAAAA